AUGUCCGCUCUCGACGCGCUCCUUCACAGGCCCAGGCCAACCCCCUGGCAGCUGUUUCUCCGUCAGCCCUGUGUCUAUCUAGCCCGGCUUCUAUUCUCAUGGCACCCAGCCGCAUCUAUCAAGCCCCUGACAGAGCCUGUGUCCGUGGUGUGCAUAUCAGACACGCAUAACAGUCAGCCAAACUUGCCAGAUGGCGAUAUACUCAUCCAUGCUGGCGAUCUCACCCAGUCGGGCACCCUCAAGGAAUUGCAAGCGGCACUUGCUUGGCUGCAGAGCCAACCCCAUCCUGUCAAGAUAGUGGUUGCCGGUAAUCACGACAUAUUGCUGGACCCGGACCAGGACAGAUCUGCUCCAAGUGCCCCGGAUGAUGCGGCUCGGCAACGCCGGGCACUGGUCUGGGGUGAUAUCGUAUACCUAGAGAACGCUGAAAAGACCAUCGUUUGCCCGAAUGGAAGACACCUGCGCAUUUACGGAAGCCCACUGUCGCCUCGGCAUGGGAAUUGGGCAUUCCAGUACCCUCGCUCGAAGGACGUGUGGAAAGACAAGGCUCCUCCUGGGGUUGACAUUCUCAUAACGCAUGGCCCUCCGCUCGCCCACUUGGACUUGCAGCUUGGAUGCGUUCAUCUGCUGAAGGAGCUGUGGCGUGUGCGUCCACGUUUACAUGUCUUUGGCCACGUACACGAAGGUGCUGGAACUGAGCGGGUGCAGUUUGAUCGGGUCCAGGCAGCAUAUGAGCGAACAGUGCUCAACGGCGGCGGGAUCUUGAACGUGUCUAGGGUUCUCGUACGUCUGUUGCUGGAAUACCUGAGACCCACAUCACGGGCUCAGUGUAUUCUUGUGAAUGCUUCCAUGGUCGGCGGGCUACGGGACGAUGAGAGACGGCAUCCAGUCAAAGUGACCUUGUGA